CUUCUACGGUUCUACCAUCAUCCAUCCACCACCCUCUGAAUUCCGAACCCUGAUGUUGAUUUGAGACUUGUUCUCUUUUCCUUCACUACCAAUCCCGUCUCUGAUAUGGGUUUGCCAAACAUACAGUUGAUGCCAGAAAUUUGUCAGGUGAUCUGUCAUGGGGAGGGGUCUGAGUCUGAGUCUUGUUCAUCAUCAGAUUGCAAAGUUUGCUACAAGAUUUGCCUACCUAAUCCCCUAUAUUCUGCAGCACCACCACCACUACCACCACAAGAAGUUCCUCCUUUCUAUACAGCUGAUGAUGAACAUCAAGGAAACCAUCACAAAAUCUCCAACUAUUUAUUCCUCACUCUUGCUCUUCUGGCUGCUGCUUUCUUUGUAGUUUUGUUCCGUGUCAUAUAUGCCAGGCUUUGCUCAAGGAGGAGGAUACCAUCAAGGCAGCAAACGCAGGUGACCCGUGAUGAUUUUCUUGAUGAAGAACAUGGUCCUGUGGUGGACCACCCCAUUUGGUAUAUCCGUACCCCUGGUCUUCAUCAAUCCAUUAUCAGUGCCAUCACAAUUUGUAAGUAUAAGAAAGGAGAGGGCUUGAUUGAAGGAACAGAUUGCGCUGUUUGCUUGAGUGAGUUUCAAGAGGAUGAGAAUCUCAGACUUUUGCCAAAGUGUCAUCAUGCUUUUCAUUUACAUUGUAUUGAUACCUGGCUCAGAUCACAUACCAAUUGUCCCAUGUGCCGGGCUCCCAUUGUCACCAACCCUGCAACUGCAAGCAUUCCAUCUCUGGACUCUAAUGUUGUUGAUUCAAGUUCCUUGGAAAAUACCCACAUGGAAAUCUUGGAAAAUAGUGGUGAAACCAGUGGAGGAAUGGAAAAUAGUACUCCUGAUGUUGAAUUGAGGAAUAGGGCAGAGGAAGAAUGCCAAUUGGAAGUUGAAGAUGGGAUAAGGGUAUGUGAAACUGAAAGUUCAGUUGCAGAGGUGGUGAGAAUUCGACCAAGAAGAUCUGUUUCUCUGGAUUCUCCUUCUGUUGCUGAUAUCAAUAUCGCUCUUGCUGCUGUUCUAUCAGUAGAAUCUAAUGGUAAUUCAAAUAGAGUGCUUGGUGGCGUCAUUGAACCUACCUUUUCAAAGAGAGUUACUGGAAACGAGAGUUUGCCAACAACUUCCAAAGGUAGCUCUUCUUUCAGGUUAACAAGAUAUCUGCAGGGUGUUCCUAGUUCAAUGAAGAGGUCACGCUCCUACAACGGGAAAUACCUUCUAUCCUGGUAUAGCCGUAGUCAAAAGAAGCCAAAUGGUCCUCUGAGAAGCUUUUAAUGGUCCUACUAGCUUAUGCUUUCUUGACAACAAAAAUGUAUAUGUAACUCUCAACAAAACUGCGAGUUUCGGAGUUUUCUGUAUGCAUCAAAUAAAUUAUGCGAAUGCUCAAGUGUAUAGUAGCAAAACAUAAAC